UGCCUCGCAGAUUGGUGGCGCCCGGCGGGUUCCCAGCUCCUGAACUUCUUCCGAGGGGGCAGAGAAGGCGAGCACAGCAGGCUGUCGGGCUGAACCUCCGAGGCCGCAGGAAGCCAGUGUGCGGAGGAGUCCAGAACGCCGGUGCCGUUCGUUGCUGGGCCCCCAGGACACCGGACGCCGAGAGUGUGGACCCGCCACGAAGGUUCUGCGCUCCUGCAGGAGGCGCGUGUGCUCCGGAUAAGAGGCUCGUGGCCAGCAUGGCCCCCACACUGCAGCAGGCGUACCGGAGGCGCUGGUGGAUGGCCUGCACGGCGGUGCUGGAGAACCUCUUCUUCUCUGCCGUGCUCCUGGGCUGGGGCUCCCUGCUGAUCAUGCUCAAGAACGAGGGCUUCUAUUCCAGCAUGUGCUCAGCUAAGAACACCACCAAUGCCACCCAGGAUGAGCAGCACCAGUGGCCAAGCUGUGACCGCCAGGAAGAGAUGCUCAACCUGGGCUUCACCAUCGGCUCCUUCUUGCUCAGCGCCACCACCCUGCCACUGGGGAUCCUCAUGGACCGCUUUGGCCCCCGGCCCAUGCGGCUGGUUGGCAGUGCCAGCUUCGCUGCAUCCUGCACUCUCAUGGCUCUGGCCUCUCGGGACACCGAAGUUCUGUCUCCGUUGAUAUUCCUGGCGCUGUCCCUGAAUGGCUUUGGUGGCAUCUGCCUCACGUUCUCAUCGCUCACGCUGCCCAACAUGUUUGGGAACCUGCGCUCCACCUUCAUGGCCCUCAUGAUUGGCUCCUAUGCCUCCUCUGCCAUCACGUACCCAGGAAUCAAGCUGAUCUACGACGCGGGGGUGUCCUUCUUGGUUAUCAUGUUCACCUGGUCGGGCCUGGCCUGCCUCAUCUUUCUGAACUGUGCCCUCAACUGGCCCAGAGAAUCCUUCCCCGCCCCUGAGGAAGUCAACUACACGAAGAAGAUCAAGCUCAGUGGGCUGGCCCUGGAUCACAGGGUGACAGGUGACCGCUUCUACACCCAUGUGACCCUUGUGGGCCAGCGGCUGAGCCAGAAGGCCCCCAGCCUGGAGGAGGCACCCGAUGGAUUCAUCUCAUCCCAGGACGUUCGUGGCAUCUCAGAAAACCCUCCUGAGAAUUCUGUCCCCUUCCGCAAGAGUCUCUGCUCCCCCGUUUUCCUGUGGAGCCUCCUCACCAUGGGCGUGACCCAGCUGCGGGUCAUCUUCUACAUGGCCGCCAUGAACAAGAUGCUGGAGUACCUCGUGACUGGUGGCCAGGAGCAUGAGACGGACAACCUGAGACAAAGGGCGGCAGAGACAGUUGGGUUCUACUCCUCCAUCUUUGGGGCCAUGCAGCUGUUGUGCCUUCUUACCUGCCCCUUUAUCGGCUACAUCAUGGACUGGCGGAUCAAGGACUGCGUGGACAGCCCCACUGAGGGCACUGCCCUCGGAGAUGCCAGGGAUGGUGUUGCCACCAAGUCCGUCAGACCGCGCUACCGCAAGAUCCAGAAGCUCACCAAUGCCAUCAACGCCUUCACCGUGACCAACUUUCUGCUUGUGGGUUUUGGCAUCACCUGCCUCAUCAACAGUUUACACCUCCAGUUUGUGACCUUUGUCUUGCACACCAUCGUUCGAGGUUUCUACCACUCAGCCUGUGGAAGCCUCUAUGCUGCAGUCUUCCCAUCCAACCACUUCGGGACGCUCACGGGCCUGCAGUCCCUCAUCAGUGCCGUGUUCGCUCUGCUGCAGCAGCCCCUCUUCAUGAUCAUGGUGGGACCGCUGAAAGGAGAGCCCUUCUGGGUGAAUCUGAGCCUCCUGCUAAUCUCACUCCUGGGGUUCCUGCUACCUUCCUACCUCUUCUACUACCGUGCCCGGCUCCAGAGGGAGUACGCCACCCACUGGGAGAACCCGCUGAAGAUGCUCAGCAGCCCCGAGGUGACUGCAUAGACCUCUGAGGCCAAGGGACCUGGAUGACAGGAAGUCAAGACCUGAGCAACCAAAGGGAAUGCCUCACAUGGCUUUUCUACCUGUAACAUACGCACAGAGCCAGCGGCCGUGGAUUUAUAAAUACCGAGAGAAGUUCUAUUUUUGUAGGGACUUGCUAAAACGAAAAAAAAUCCUAAAAAAAUCCCCAAAGCAAUGCUCCAUUGACUGAAGACAGUCCUUGUGCUAGAAGCAUUGGGUCUUCCUCCUCCUUGGACUGGAUGCAGGGUGCAGGGCUGUCCUUUGUCUGGGCCUUCACCCUAGGGUCUGCCUCCUGGUGCCUCCUGGGGGCUUGUGGGGUCAGCAAAGCAGUUACUCCUAAGGUCUCAGCUGUGCAAUGCCCAGGGUGUGCAUGCAUGUGUGCAUGCAUGCAUGCAUGUAUGUGUGUAUGUGUGUGUGUGUAUGAAACAGUCUUCCCCUCAGAGGAAAGGGGCCUGACGUGCUGGCUGUGUCCUGGAUGGAGUGCUGACUAAGCCCCUUCAGGGGUCUGGAGGGCGGGUUCCCUCCCUGGUGCUGCUUCUUGUCGGUCUUAGAGGAAAUAAAAAGGGAAGUGAGAGA